CUGAAUAUACAGCAAAAAAAUAUAAAUCACAUCAUUAUCUUCCUUAUUCUAUGUUUAAUGAUCAGGAAAUAAAUUAUAAUCAAGAAAUCAAUUAUAAUCAAGAAAUUAAUUAUAUUAAAGCAAUUAAUUUAGAUCCAGAAAUAAUUGAUAUAGAUAAUGAAGAAAUAAUUAAUAUAGAUAAUCAAGAAAUAGUUGAUAUGGAAUUAGAUAAUAAAGAAUAA